AUGAAGUACAUCCAGACCGACCAGAUCCUAGACAUUCCAGAAGGUGUUACUGUGAACAUCAAGUCAAGAGUCAUCAAGGUUACCGGCCCAAGAGGUGCGUUGACCAAGAACUUGAAGCACAUUGACGUCACUUUCGCUAAGAUCAGCGACAGACAGGUCAAAAUCACCGUUCACAACGGUGACAGAAAGCACGUUGCUGCCUUGAGAACCGUCAAGUCUUUGGUUGCCAACAUGGUCACUGGUGUCACCAAGGGUUUCAAGUACAAGAUGAGAUACGUAUACGCCCAUUUUCCUAUCAACGUGAAUGUCGUGGACAAGGACAAUGAGAAAUUCGUCGAAAUCAGAAACUUUUUGGGUGACAAGCAAGUGAGAUUGGUGCCAGUCAGAGAAGGCGUCAGCAUUGACUUCUCUACCACUCAAAAGGACGAAAUCGUGCUUUCCGGUAACUCUAUCGAGAAUGUCUCUCAAAAUGCCGCCGACAUCCAGCAAAUCUGUCGUGUCAGAAACAAGGAUAUCCGUAAAUUUUUGGAUGGUAUCUACGUUUCCGAGAAAGGCUUUGUCGAAGUUGAUGCUUAA